ACCAGUCCUGUAAUGGUGAACAGUAGCAUCCUACUUAACACAGGAACCAUGGGCGACUGCAGCAGUGACAGUGGUUCAUCUCGGCUUGUCCUUUUUGCUGUUCUGGCAAUCUGUAUGGUUUUUGUGCAGACAGAAACAGUGGCAGAUUCCUCUCCUACCCUGCAGAAUGAUAAUCAGGACACGCUAUCCGGUGCGGGAGCCAUCGAUGUAACAACAAAACAACCUUUUCAUGACCUCACAGAACACUCAUUCACUUUUGACUAUGAAGACGGCACACCCUCACUAACCCUGGAUGAGGAAGAAGGUGUGUUGGGGCCAGGUGCCAUCACAGCUAUUGUCAUCGCUGUGUUUCUCGGAGCCUCUGUUCUUCUUGCUCUCAUUGUUAUCACACUCAGAAAGUUCACAGCCUCUUAGGAAGGUGUUAUGUGUCUCAGUUCCCAUCUCCUUCUCUUUAUUUUCCCUUCUACACUCUCUGAUAAUUGCAGCAUGUAUCUCAUUGAUGGCAGGUCCCACAUGAAAUUGGUGAUUUCUCCUAUAACACUCAAGACAUGGAUAGGGAAAACCAGACCGAGGCUGAUAAAAAAGGACAACUACAUUCGAGAAAUUAUGGACUCAUUAGUUUUGUGAUCAUGUCAUAUUGUUAGUAUCCUCUAGAAAAAAAGACUCGAAGAAUAUGGAAGUUUGUUUUUCGUACCUGAUAUUUUAAAAGAUAUUUUCAUUUAUAUAAUCAUGCAUACUUGUUUUUUGUCCUGUUUCAUAUUACUUUCUAAUCUACACAAAGUUCUAAUUUCCUUGUCAGCCUAGAUGAUUUGUGUAAAAUGAUCAUGUCCUUUAGAAAUUAAGAGAGAAUGUGUAUGCAUGUGUGUGUGUGUUUGAGAUAAAGCCAAGCGGGCUUGUGUAUGUGAGUGUGUUAAUUGAACUUUUAUAUAUAAAUUUAUGUAACGUGUGUCCGCUUAUGUUAGCUCACUGAGCAGAUAAAAAGACCUAUGUUGAAGUCUUUUAUGUAAAAAGAUUAGUUUCUUAUAUACUUCAUCUUUAUUAUUGUAAUCUGAUGAAAUAAUACUUGGGUUAGUUUGCCAGUGUAGUUUCUAUUUACACCCAAUUCAAGGGCAAUGUAAAGAACCACAAAAGUAAACAAAAACAUGUUCCCAAUUAAAUGUACCUCAAAUAUACGUAAAAACAUCACAUAAUUCAAAAGGUUUUUAUAGUAUCAACCUUGAUUUGCAGUAUACACAAGGUAUUUUGCUUUUUAUCCUACAAGAAAUUUAAAUGAUUUUUUCAGUAUUUUUAUCAUUAACCUUGUAAACUUGAUUUAUGAAAGAAUCGUCAGAAAAUCACAUUUUUAGUACCAUUAGACAAACUAUAAAAAUAAAUCGUAAAAAACAUUGAACACUUUUUUUAUGUAUCAUAUUUGAUACAUUGGGCUUUAAAGGUCAUUAUCCUCCUGAGGCACAGCAACUCAUUUUGUAUAGGACAUUUGCUAUUUAAGUUUUUCUUAGCCCAUACAUGCUACAGUGUUAAAUCUUGGGGUAUUAUCAGAGGACUCCCUGGGCUUUUCUGAGAUACCAAAUAUUUGAGAGUUUGGCCAUGACAACUUCCUCUUCUUGGUCUAUAAACAUGGAUUGAAAUGUAUCACAGUUCAAUUCAGCACAUCAAAUACAACAUGAAUAAAAGAUUCUUUUUUCAAUAAACAAUUUUUAUCAUAUGUAUUUUACGCACCAAAUACCUUAUUGACAUUUAAAAAAGAGAAAUUGUAAAACUUUUUUCACUGGGUCUCAGGAACUUAUGGU